UAAAUUACCUUUAUUAGUAUGAAGUCACAAAGACUACUGAUGUUCUAGCCAUACCAUUUGUGGUCUCCAUUGUUAGAUUCAAAAGCAAUAAACUAUAGUUUUUAGUGGUUUUUUUUUUCUUCAUGAAUGUUCUGGCGUGAUUUAUUAUUUGUAAUUGGCAGCAAUGUUUGGAGAUCUUUUGUUCCAUUGUUUGUUAUAAAUCCAAUUGAGUAGCAUGCAUGGGGUGAUAUUCUUGUCAAUUAAUAAUGAUAACUUUGAUAAAACUCUUGUAGAAAAUAUUACCUAGAAAUUUGGGCUCAAUAGUAUUUUUGAAGUUGAGUUUCAAACCAAUUUUUAAUGUAAAAUUUCCGAAACUGCCCCUAAUGAAGAUUUGUAAAACGACUGACAAAUAUAAAAUUAAAAAUGGUAUUAACAACAAUAAAGUCCAAUCGGGCUGAAUCGAAGAGCCCAGAUGAUAUGGGGUAUUGGCCCAAUAACAGCCAGAGACAAUACGGCUGCUUGGCGCGUAAAUUGGAAGUGGCAGUUGAAGAGUGGUGAAGGACGACGAUGAGUUUGAAAUUGAAGCCAGAAGAAUUCUGUGAAAAAAACCCUAACCAAAAUGAAACCCCAAAGACACAGACACUGGACCUCGGCGACGAAAGCCAAGUGCUAUACAUACCCAGGUUCUUGAGCUUCGAUCAGGCAUGGAGCUUUUUCGAUUAUCUCAACAAUGAAAUCCCUUGGACCCGACCCACCAUUCGUGUUUUCGGAAGAUCAUGCCUCCAGCCUAGAGAUACUUGCUAUGUUGCAAAUCCUGGAUUGCCAGAUUUGAUUUACAGUGGAUAUCAGCCACAUGCUUAUAGUUGGGAUGAUUUUCCUCCCUUAAAGGACAUUUUGGACGCAGUUCAUAAAGCGAUUCCUGGGAGUAGUUUCAACAGCUUGCUUCUAAACAAGUACAAAGAUGGUAAUGACUAUGUAGCUUGGCAUUCUGAUAAUGAGAAGCUAUAUGGAUCGAUUCCUGAUAUAGCUUCAGUGUCCUUUGGAUGUGACCGUGAAUUCUUGUUGAAGAAGAAGCCUGGAAACAAGUCCAAAGAAAGAAGAAAUGAAGAAGGGCCAGCAAGCAAACGAUUAAAGAAAAGUAAUCAAGUUGAUCAACAUUCUUUCACACUCAAGCACGGAUCACUUCUAUUGAUGAGAGGUUACACUCAAAGAGAUUGGCUCCACUCGGUGCCUAAGCGUGCAAAAGCUGAUGCAACUCGCAUUAAUCUUACAUUUAGGCAUGUUGUCUGAUGGGGUUUUGGAAUCAAGGGAUAAUCUCACUUCAUCUGCUGUGCUCGUUUUGUGUAUUUUGUCUUUUGGAGCAUGGCUGCUAAGGUAUAAAACCCCUUUGUUUUGUGUAACACUUAGUGUCCUCUGUAUGUUAUUUAUCUUUAUAAUUAAAACUACAAUUAAUCUGUCUGAUUAAGCGACGUAACUGACCAUAUUUCUGUAGCUGUUGUGGUUGUUGUUGUCUGCUUUGCUAUUCUCACCUAGUUAUUGGACUUCCUACUUUACUGUGAUAAAUAGGCGUUUUACGUUUUACAUCUGAAAAAUGUCGAGACAAUUGAGCUAUACAAAUUAAAAGAUCUUCUUAGGUCCCAACAUCACAUUA